UCUUUAACCAAGUGACCAGCCUAUUUGUUGAGGGCAUUGCCAUGGAGACGCAACCAAAACAGUAACGUCAGCAGUCGGGUUUCGAGAUCACGAGGAAGAAGUGUUAAUUUUCUUUUAUAUUUAAAAUUAUCUCACGAAACGACAUUGUAGCUUUUCGUAUUUAAAACGUCAUAAAUAUUGAGCGAUAUCAUUAGUUCGAUAUUCCGGUUUUCUUUCGUGUCAGUUUAUCCAGGCAAUAAACAAGCCAGCUGGAGCGUAUAGCCCUAACUUUACAACGGAGCGAUAGGUGGAAAUAGCCUGCAAGAAAAUAUCGUAUAAUGGUGGAUGUUACUGAAUGCGUGAAAUAUGAUCUAAUCUUUACAGUCUCGUAUCAGUUUAAACUCCCUUAGCUAACCUAGCAUGGCUACUUAGCUAUUUGUAGCUGUCAUUUUGCCGUAGAUUACAAUUGCGUCCUCGAUCUGCAUUUGUUGGUGAAGUCACGUUUUGAGUAGUCCUUUUCGUUUAUUCGCUGAGAAAUGGAGGAUUCCGAGGUUAUUAAUUUUUCAGCGCUGGAGAAGGAGUUGCAGGCAGCGUUGGAGGCAGACAAGAAAUAUCGACGGGAGAAUGAUGCAAAGUUUCGCGCAAUACAUCAGAACGUUGGCUCUUAUGAGGAGUUUAGAGAUAUAGUACUGGCGUCGCACCUGAAACCACUGGAGAAGAAGGACAAGGCGGGCAGCCCACGCACGCAGCCUUGGAACCCCAUGGCUUCUGGAGCCAGGAAGUCAACCACCACACAGUGUGAGACCAUGGAGGCGUCCGAGUUCCGGCCCAGAACGGCAGCCGAGUUCAGCCGCGACUGGCGCAGGUUCGAGGGGAGCGCGGAGGACAGGUACCAGCUCCUGGUCUCCCUCGGGGGGGAGGGGGUUGGGCGGCUCUUCAGCGCUGAGGUGGGGUGCGGCCUGCUGGGGGAGUUCCUGCUGGUCCUGUGGGGGUGCCUGCGGCCCGCGGACGCCGGGGCCGUGCUGGCCGUCCUGGAGGGAAUGUCCCGGACGGGCCGCUUCGGGCUCAACGUGUCCUUCCUGAGCCGGGCGGAGAGGGACGCCUGUCUGCGGCUCAUGGGCAAGCUGAUGGAAAUUUUGGGGGACAGGGACCCUGGAACUGCAACUGGGCUUCGGGGUGCAGAGGCUAACACAGGACAGGACGGGGAGGCUACAGGGGGGGAGAAUGUUCUGGAGAAAUUAAAAAGCCUAAUGCUACUUUAUGAUGUCCACAUUGAUUCUCCUAAAUAAAAAGUAAUCCCUCUACCUACAUAGGGAUAGUUCUCAUUCAGAA